CAGUUCUCGCGAGAAGAGCCGUGCUGUAGCUGAGAUUCCCGUUGCCUCUGUCUGGGAUGUAAAAGCGCCCGACGAGAUGGACAAUUUCAUCCUCCUUUAUGUCAAUCUGAUCAGUCUUAGAAGUCAAGCCAAGAUGUGACGGUCACAGCAUGCCAUCGUUUGGAUCUGUCCUGCCAUCGCAACACGUGUUUCCAUAGCAACAGAAAAAUCCUAAAAGUCCUGUUCCCACAAUGAUGUCUUCUGGCUGCAGCUCUCAGCCUCCGAAACCACAACAUUUCGAAGUCAGCAGGCGGACCAGUACUUUAGCUGGGCUGAGGUCUCAUGGCCCUAGUAGUAAAAGUGAAGCUAAAAACAUGAACACAGGUGUUGCUUCUUCCCCAAGGCGGGGUAUGAAAGGCCCCGCAGCACCUUCCAAGACCAGAUUAAGUGUGCAGGCCCGAGCCCCGUUAAGUCAGUCUCGGAUGGGAUCACAUAAGCUGAGUUUCACCACCUCCAAACCAGCAAAGCCCAAGCCAAAGGGAGGUCGUGCACCACCCAGACCUCAUGUCGCACCUUCACCUGCUCCUCCUCUUCUUCCCUCUGUUCUCCCUCUUGACCCAAACUGUAACGAGCCAAGCCUCCCAUGUCUGUGUUGUGAUGGGCGCUCCCCACAGGACAACAACAGUAUGUUCAACCAUAACCACAACAACAACAACACCAUCUCUAUGAGACAGCAAUUGCAGCUUCAACCUCCAUCUCCGCCAUCUCUUAAGAAGAAGGAUGGGAUGGUGGAAGAAGUCCCAUCUGAGUCACAUCCACAUGCACAGGCUCAGCUAAUGGUACUCUCUGUGUGCCCUGCUGCCAUGCCGGAAAACAACGUGAAGCAUGCUGAUGACAGCACUAAUGUGGACAAUGAGAAAAACCUGAAGGUCGACGAAGUGAACAAGGAGGCAGACAUCAGUGGGGAUGUGAAUGUUGAUGACGAGGCAUGUGAAAGUGAUGAUGAUGAUGAUGAUGAUGACACUCUGGUCCCCUCAUGCUGCGAUUGCCCCCCAUCCCUACUGGAGUUCUCACUGUCUUCCUCCACUUCCUCAUCUUCCACUUCGAUCAGUUCCUGCUCUGAUCUGGAUUCUGACUCUGCCGACCAAUCUGUUUCCAUGGGUUCUUCCCAUGACCAGGAUAAUCUAUCCAUCUCUUUCUUCUCCAAAGAUGAAUAUUUUCCACAAGCACUUGAUUAUCCACCCCAUGCACAGUCACCCCCAUCCCCACCCCUUAGUUGUAAUCCCUUCUUGGUAACAUCACAUUCCCCCAUUCCUCCUUGCUCCCCAGAUGAGGGCUACCCCUCAGCCCUGGAAUCCCCAUCUCCAGAUUACUUAGGAGUCAAAGGUGACAUGGAAGAUUUAGAUCCAGAGGGUACCAAGCUGGACUUACUUGACUUCUUAGAAUCUGUUGGGGAGUUUGGAAAAAUGGAGCGCUUCAGCCAGGUGAUUCAAGUAGCUCAUUGGGAUCUGGAGGGAGAGCAACACUGGGAUGUUCUGAGGGAUCGGUUGGAUCACCUAGAUCGCUUGGAGAAAGUGAACAGGGAAGUAAAGCUAGCCUACAUUGCAAGACUCCAUGAGAAGGGGUUAGAUCUUGGAGAUCUGGAAGAGCAGGACCUCUCAGACCUCAUGGAUGAAAUGGGCAACAUUGACAUUCCCUGGAAGCUGAGUAAAGCCCGUGGAGAAAGUAUAGGGGACUCUGGGGAGUUUUCUGAUGCUGGGGUGGACCUCACUGCUCCAUCAGAUUGUGAUGAUCCUUUUAUGCCAGAUUCUCUCACUCCUUCCCCGAUGGAGCCACCCCCUAGACCACCCAAGCCUCCAGUGCGUCAUGCUAGCGUGACUUCUGAUCUCCACACGUACAUCAAUAUCAGCAGGGAGACCACCUCAAUGGCUGUCUCUACCUGUCCUACACCCACACUUUCUACCUUCUCACCUAACUCGUCAUCCCCAACCUUCACUACUUUUAGAUGUGAGAAGCCUCUACCUCCAUCUCCCCCAUCCGUUCCUCCUCUCCCCGUUUCUAAGCCUGUCCCUUAUCUCACUCUCUAUACUACUCCUUCUCCACCUCCAUCGAUCCCAACCCCAACUCCUCUCAUCCCUCCCCCUCGGAGGCGGCAUCUUGCCAGGAAGGAAGCGCAAAGGCUGGCAGCUCUUCAGGCUGAACAGGAAAAGACCCCCUUGUCUCUCCCACCACCUACAACACGCCCACCACCCCUUCCUCCUCCACCAGUUAUUUCAGUAUCAUCAUGCUCCUCAUCUCCCCCUGCCAUCCCACCACCGCCUGCACUGGCUCCUCCUGCCUCCUUCCAUGCCCUGGAUGUAGAGAUUCGGAAAUUAUUGAUGCUUGCUGGAUUGACUCAAGCUGAGCUCCUCAAACUCAGUCCAGAGCUUGGGGUCUGUGUUGGGGGUUUAGAAGACGAGGGCUACGUGGAUAAUGUUAGCCCAGCCAGAUCUGUGCAGCCACACAGGUUCAGGCAAAGUACUGACAGAGAGGAGAUGGAAUGUCAGUCAGAGGUCAUGACCAAAGAUGGAUGGAACAGAAGUAAACUGGAUGGAGAACGAAGAACUGUACUCGGAGAAGCUGAAGUAUGCAAUAAGAAAGAUGACAUGAAAGACCCACAAAGAACCACCUCUUUUACUGAAAUGGCCAGGAGAAGGAAGAGGAACAGUGGUCUGACUUCUGACCCUUACUAUACCACGAGUCUCAGCAGUGCACAUGAAAGUACGGUGAAGAAUAUGAGCUUUGGUGCAUUUCAAUAUGCCAGCAAUGUGCCAGACUCUCCUCCCCCUCCACCACCUCCACGUCCCUUACCCCCAGUUCCCUCUUCAGCAACACCCCUCAAAGUCAGCACGCUACCUGCCAACUCUGCACAGCCUGAGCGAUUUGAUUGGCUCAUUGCAUUCACGCCUGACUGUGAGCCGCCCCUGCAACCUCCAUCCCUGGAAAUGAGAAAACCUCACGUGGAAACCCAAAAGAAUUCAUCUUCAGGAUUAGGUCCAAAGGUUACCACAUUCAAAGAGCUGCGUUUUCGCAACAAAAAUGUCUCCCCUUCAACUAAAGUGAUCACCGAACCAGAUCCUGAUCCCACGGUCAUUACUCCAGACCCAGAUAUACUGUACAACUUGAAGUGGAGAAGAGAGAAGGUAGGCAGUGACGGCAACCAAUGGGAAUACACCUCUCAGGCUCAGGCCUUCUUCAUGCAGCCGCCGCCAGCUCUCACCUCAAUGGCUGCUUUGAAGGAAAUGCUCCAGAGAGCAGACAAGGAGGGUGGAUACCCAGAGCUGUGCCCAUCACAGAAGAUCGGCUGCUCAGUGAGUGACAGCAGCCUGUGGACCGUAGGCAAAGAGUGUGAAGGGGCAGAGGUUCAGCGGGUGGAGAAAGAAGGGAAGGAAGAGAAAGAGGUGAGAGGACGAGCUGAUGGAGGCUGGACAUUUGAAUUAAGAACUACAACUGUUCGCAGCAUCUCGUUUGCUGGCUCAGUGCAGAGCGGAGAGCCGUCUUGCAUAGGAGAUGAUGUGAAGCAGUCAAUGAGAGAUGCUGGACUGUCCUCUCUGUUCUGGCAAGAAAAGAAAGCUCUGGUCAGUGCCGUCAGUGUGGCAGUGGAAGCCGUCCUGGCCCAGUUUAGUUCUUCUCGGACCGUAGUUCAGAAGUUUCUCUCAGUUAACAAGUCCUUAUCAGGAGACAGCAGCAUAAAUCCAGCUCUGGGCCGUGUGGUGCUGCAGUGCCUCUGCCCCGCCCUGCACAACUUGCUGUCUGAUGGACGUAAACCUCACCAGAGUGAUCUGAUUGCCGGCAGGAGGCCAAAUUCAACCUGGGGUCUCGUGCAGGCAUCAACCCGGCCAGGUCCCAAAACUCAGGCCUUGUUUACACCCUACAAGUUAGAGUUGGUGAGCUUCCUCAGCUCAAACAGAGUAAUCACAGGUUCAACGCCUUCCUCCUCGGCCUACUCAAUAUCAAACAUCUUGAUUUCUGGCUGUCCCACCUUCAGUCUUGCGGUGUAA